GGACACUAUGCGCGCAUCCUCCGCGAUUUACAGAGGUGCAUGUCCUAUUCUGGGUAUAGGAGAACUUGUAGAUUAUUGGUUUAGGAAAGGCUUCUUUAUUUAUAAAAACGUGAUUAAAACUGGUCAAGAAGAGCUUUUUUGGGAUACUGCAAUAUUCUCUCAUCAACACCUCAGUGCCUGAAGGGUUGAUCACUGGGGAGAGCUAAAAGGAGACUGCUCUUACGCGCCCUGGGUGUGUCAGUAGACGUCACGGAAGUCCUCUAUCCGGUGGCUGCACUGUGGGAACUGUAUAAAAUCCGCGCCACUAUCCAAAAACGAUGGGAAAAAGUUGCACUGGAGUUCAAGCGUGGUGUCCUGUUGCGUGAUCUCCCGCAGCUAUCCAGGAAAACCCAUCCAUCUUCCACUCACUGACCAUCAGCAGCCGAGCGCAGCAGCAGCCGAGCGCUCUGUGCCGUCUGUGGUCUGCGGCAGGAAUAAAGCUUGUUUUGAUAUUUUAUAUUUUGAGAGCUGCUUGCUGCAUCUGGAGUCGCCAGACAUGAUGAAUUGUAUUCUCAUCUGCCUGCUAUGUGGAUUGUAUGGUGUUUUAGCAAGAGAUAGAGAACAGAAGGGGAAAUACAGUGUCCCUGUCCUGGAUGUGAAAACCCGGCAGCUGGUCCUGGCCACCAACCACACACUAGUGCUCGGCUGCAGGGGCCGCUGGGAGCUGAUAUGGGCGUUCCCAUCAGGGUUGGCCAGAGAUCAGGUGCGAGUGGAGGAGUCACGCUGUGGGAGGACGAAACAUCACUACUGCAGCCGCAUGACGGUCAGCCGCAGCCGGGCCCAGCACACAGGCCAGUUCAGCUGCGGAUAUAAGCACCGACCUCAGAAACAGACCUCUGUUUAUGUAUAUGUCACAGACAGCCAGCAGCCAUUUGUGGAACGUCCGGGUAUGAGCCCAGAUGUGUUGUACCUGAAGACGGGGGAGCAGCUGGUCAUCCCCUGCCCAGUCACCCACCCCAAUGUCACCACCACGCUGGUGAAGUACCCCAACGACAGUCUGAGUCCAGACCAGAGGAACAUUAUCUGGAACAGCACACAGGGUUUCACCAUCAGAAGUCCCACCCUGUAUUACACCGGCCUCUUCUUCUGCCAGACCAUCACUGAUGGUGUCACACACUUGUCACAUAAAUACUAUAUUCACAGACCAGUGAGUAACAUCAUGGCUGUGUAUCUGAACAGCAGUGGACCUGUGCAGGCCCUGAAGGGAAAUAGUCUGGUCUUAAACUGUACUGCCAAAGGGGAGUUGAACACCAGAGUCAGCAUCAUCUGGGACUACCCUGGAAAGAGUAACAAUGUCGGCUCCACCACCAAGAGGCUCGUCAAACACAGACUGCACAUGUUGUUCUACAGUAUCCUAACCAUCCCGAAGCUCCAGCGAUCAGACCGAGGCCUCUACACAUGCCGAGUCACCAGCGGUGAAAACACCAAGCAAGAGCAAGUCAACGUUACUGUCUAUGACCGGCCGUUCAUCCAUCUGAGGCCCAGGCACAGAUCUGUGUUGGAGGUUCAAGCAGGACAGAAAUCUUACCGAAUCUCUCCCAAACUAAAAGCAUUCCCUGCCCCUGAAGUCAUCUGGUUUAAGGACGGCAUGGUGGCAGCAGAGCAAUGCUCCCGAUACCACAUGGAUGGGCAUUCCCUGGUGAUCCGGGAUGUCGCAGAGGAGGAUGCUGGGAAGUACACUGUCCUGGUACAAAUCCAGGAGCACGGACUCUACAAGAAUCUCACGCUCACACUCGUUGUCAACGUGAGUCCUCAGAUAGGGGAGAAAGCGGUGUCACUGCAGGACCCAGGCUCGGUGCCACGGGGGAUCAGGCGAGCCCUACACUGCACGUCCCAUGGAGUCCCUCCUCCACACAUCCAGUGGCUCUGGCAUCCCUGCCCGUCCAAAGGCCUGUGUGUGUGUCCAACCUCCUCCUCACUGUGGAGCCUUGUGACGGAGAGUCUCCCCGCCACAUCCACACACAACCACAUCCUGAGUGUUACUCACAGACAGGAAGUGCUUCAGGGGAAGAAAAAGACAGUGGGGGUCCUGACUGUGGCAGAGGCCUUUGUGUCUGGAGUAUAUCGCUGCGUUGCCUCCAACUCUGUCGGCGCAGACCAGCUAGACGUCCACUUCUACAUCACAGACGUCCCAGGAGGCUUCAGUGUAAACCAGCAGGAGGAACCAAGAGAGGGCGGAGAUCUCCACCUCACCUGUGUUGCCAAUAAGUACCUGUACACAGCCUUGUCAUGGCAACGGGUGAAUGACACAGAGGGUGUCCAAUCCCACAGAUCUGCCCUAAGUAGUCAGCAGUUCACAUCGGGGGAAUUCUCCAACUCUCUGGUUCUGUUGCUAAGCAACCUGACAGCCAGAGAUGCUGGAACCUACAGGUGCUCCACCCGCCACCUCAUCACGGGACAAGAAACACAUCUGGACACACAGGUGGCAGUCACAAUUCUGGAGCCUCCGGUGCUGCGUAAUAAUUUGACAGAUUGUACAGUCAACGUCAGCAGCUCAGUGACCCUUAGCUGUCCGUCUCAAGGCAUCCCACCCCCUACUAUCACAUGGUACAAAGAUGAACAUGCUCUGUCACAGGGAUCAGGUAUUGUCAUAUCACCAGAGGAUGGCACCCUCCAUAUUGACCGAAUCACAGUGGAAGACCAGGGUCUGUAUACGUGCCAGGCCACCAAUGAGAGGGGAUCAGCAGAGAGCUCUGCCUACAUAUGGGUCACCGGUGCCUCAGAGACCUCAUUUUUGGAGAUUCCCACUCUCACUUGUACCUGUGUGGUGGCCACUCUCUUCUGGCUUUUGCUCACACUCUUCAUACGGAAACUGAAACAGCCCAGUGCUUCUAACACCAAGCCAGAGUAUCUGUCAAUCAUUCUGGACACUGGAGAGGGACCAAUAGAGGAGCAGUGUGAAAGACUGCAAUACGACCCCAACCAAUGGGAGUUCCCUCGGGAGCGCCUCAAAUUAGGGAAACCUCUGGGCCGUGGAGCCUUUGGUAAGGUGAUGCAGGCAUCUGCGUUUGGUAUAGACAGUGCCUCAAGCUGCAGGACUGUGGCUGUUAAGAUGCUCAAAGAGGGAGCUACAACCAACGAGCACAAAGCUCUGAUGACUGAAUUGAAGAUCCUCAACUACAUCGGACACCAUCUGAAUGUAGUGAACCUUCUGGGGGCCUGCACCAAGCCAGGAGGACCACUGAUGGUUAUUGUUGAGUACUGUCGCUAUGGAAAUCUCUCUACCUUCCUGAAGAGCAAGAGAGAGGUGUUUGUGCACAACCGGUUGGCCAGAGGGAAGGAUGGAGGGCUGAGUUGUGUCAGCGGUGUGUCUGACAGCCAGAGCCUCGUUAAAACAGAAUUUGAUCACAGAGACAAGACAGACAAUGACCUUGAUCCAAAAUCUGCAUCCAGCUCUUUAUUCCUGGAAGAUCUCAUCUCCUUCAGCUUUCAGGUGGCACGUGGAAUGGAGUAUCUGGCCUCUCGCAAGUGUAUUCACAGAGAUCUGGCAGCCAGGAACGUUCUGCUUUCUGACAAUAAAGUGGUGAAGAUCUGUGACUUCGGCCUGGCCCGAGACAUCUACAAAGACCCUGACUAUGUUCGCAAAGGAGAUGCUCGCCUCCCUCUCAAGUGGAUGUCUCCUGAGUCCAUCUUUGAUAAGGUGUUCACCACCCAGAGUGACGUGUGGUCCUAUGGCAUUCUGCUGUGGGAGAUCUUCUCUUUGGGAGCUUCCCCGUACCCUGGUCUCCACAUAGAUGAAGAGUUUUGCCACAGACUGAAGGCUGGAACAAGGAUGCGAGCACCAGAGUACAGCACACCUGAGAUUUACAGCACAAUGCUGGCAUGUUGGGAGGCCAGUCCCUCAGACCGACCCACCUUCACCAACCUGGUGGAGACACUGGGAGACCUGCUGCAAGCAAGGGUUCAGCAGGAUGGGAAAGAUUAUAUUCCUCUGGGAUCGUUCAUGUCUGGAGACACAAAUCGCAGCGACACCUUGAAAGAGAACCCACUCGCAGUCACAAACCUGAGUUACAUGAGGGGUAUGGCCACACUCCAGACUUUUGAGGAACUGUCCUGCCAGGAGCCAGACAACCCUGAUGAUGAGCAGAGUGACAGCGGUAUGGUCCUACCAUCUGAAGAGCUGAAGCAUAUGACGUGGAGUAACAGCACUAAGAAGCUCAGCAGGUUCUUUGGCUUCAAGUGUCGGGACAACAAGGUGCCCUUCCUGUGCAGUGACAUCCCAGGUCUCCGUGACUACGAGCCGUCUAUCCUGCCGUGCGACUGGGAGUCUGACGAGGGCGGCUCCCCUCCUCCGGACUACAACUCUGCCUUCCUCUACCCCUCCCUCUAGCAUCUGUUCCUGUCUAAUUCUUUGACUGACAGUCUUACAUGGUAAAUAUAUUUUCCUGCUCACGAUUUUUACUCACUCUGAACUUAUUCAGCUUUUUUACAACUGCCGUUUUCAUCUGCUACCUCGUUAAAAUGUCUGUAAUCCUCUACACAUAGGUAAUCCUCAGUCACAUAAGAUUUCCCUUUUCCUCCCUCAGCCAAACUAAGAAAUCAUUUCUUUAGUUUAAAAAACAAAGCAUUUGCUCAGUCUCCAAAAUCACAUGCUGUUAUACAACAAAGCUUCCUCACAGUAUUAUCUUAAUGCAUUUCCAUGCAUCCCUCUCUAAGAGCAGCUAAGCAUUACUUGACAGUACUUAUCUAAUGCAAUUAUGAAGAAUGUAUUUACCAAGCUACAACUAUUACAGCUUAUUAUUAUUAUUGGUACCUUGUGCUCUGAGCUUUGUGAAGAGGAACACUGCUGUAUGGAAUAACUGUUCCUCUUUCACUGCUACUAUAUGCUGGACAAAGUUAUUACCCACUGAAUUAUAGUAUGCGUUAGGCAGAAUGUAUCUAUCUGUAUUUAUUUUAAUGCUGUAGUCAUGUCAUGGAUGAGUCACUUGCUAACCAUCUCUGUGAAUGUAAAUUACACUCAGUAGCCAGUUUAUUAGGCACGCCUAAAACUAAAGCAACAGCCCUGCAAAAAAAUCCACUUUCAUGGAGGUUAUAAUGUUAAUUUUUGUAGAAACUGUUUCAAAAAGGUGCUGAUUUAUGCACACCAGUACAAAAUAUUAAAAAAAAACCUUUCAGUAUUAUGUAAUAUAACUUAAAAGCAAACUAAAGCCUCCAAAAUGACAAUUAAGAAACUCAGUGUGUCUUUAAAAGACUUGGGCAUUAUAAUCUUCAGAAUCUUAAUGAACUAGCAAUUGACUGUGUAUUUAAUUCUACACUAACAAUGUUUUGAUAUACUUAAAUCAUUCAGAAUGGACAAACAUAUAAAAUAUAUACGUCAUAAAUAUACAAGCAAAAAUACCAAGUAUUCCCUUGCUCUGACUUUUCAAUGCUAAGGAUUCGCUUGACUUGGAUAACAGUUGAUCUGACAGACAUUUUAAAGACCAAACGAUUCAUCAAGAAAAUAAUCAGCAGAAGAAUCGAUAAUGUAAAGCAAUGGAAGCACCUCUACAAGACCAACAGACAUCCACAAUAUUGGCACCUAACCCACCAACUUAUAACAUCACCAUCCUGACGCAGACCCAAUAUACACUUGGUAUUAACAUGCGAAUCUAUAUCUGGAUAAGGCCUUUUCAAGAUAGAUUGCAUGUUAAUACCAGUUUUAAGUGAACAGUAGAUAGGAACAGGUAGAGAAAGACGAUGAUAAUUCCAUCUCACUGUGUAAUAAGUGAGCAAGAACUACAAUGCAGACAUACUCUAUGAUUAUGAAAACAAACCUCAAGAAUUAGGCAGUCUUAACAGAGUGCUCUCUUGUAUCACAUCUAGUUCUUUGUUAAAGAUGACUAAUCACUGAAGAAUGUAAUUGUUUAUGUAGUAAAAUCCAAUGCAUAUGUUGACAUUAGUAAUGUUCUGAUUGUAUAAACAUGCUUUAAAAUAUUUAAAAUGUAAGUGAAUAGUUGUAACAUUCCUAAUUACAUAAACAGACAAAAUCCCUCA